GUGGGUUUGGCUAGACGAAUCGAAAAAAUCGAAGAAGUGGCAAAAAGCUUGUCAGAUGCUCCGGAAAAGCUUUACCCAUAUAGAUGCGAUGUCACGGAGGAAGACGAAAUACUCAAAGCUUUCAAGUGGAUUACAGAAAAUGUUGGACCUGUCCACAUUCUUAUCAACAACGCUGGUCUUACCAGGCCUACGAACCUUGUUGUGUAAGCAACGAGAAUUUUCGGGAGCCGCUGCCGGUCACGGGGAGUACUGCUGCGUUAUCUGCUGUUAUCACUUCGACCAGCCGUCGACAGGCAGUCUGAGCAGAAACGUUGGGCGGUGCGCGUCGUGCCCGGAUUCCCUGCCGCUCAGUUAUAUCGAUAAACAAUAUUUGUUCGUAAUAAAGGUGUAUUUAACCAAAACUAGUGUUCUUCCGCAUUGUUUCUAACAUCAGAAGUGGGAUUCGCCCGCGACAACCACAGUGGAUUGUGAUUUGUUCGUAAACAUUGGCGUUUUUGUUGUUGUUGUUUUGCGAGAACAAAGGAAAUCGGGCCAGCGUUGGGACUACUUCGCAAUAGUUUGAAAGUUGAGCCGUGGUGCGUGUCUGGAUCACGUAUUGGAGGUGCUAGUAAGGAAACAACAAUGGCUUCAACGGACGAAGACCCCGCCCAGUCGCUGGUAACAGAAUUGGUGAAGGCCCUGCAGUCCCAAAGGUCGGCAGAACAGGUAGACUUGCCCUAUUUUAGAC